AUGGAAAAGAAAACUGAUGCCGAAAAGGAGAUAGCAACUGAGAAUAAAGAGCCCGAAGAUAUAGCUGAACAAGAAAAAGUGGUUUCAUCACCAAUCAAGCCUUAUGUUCCACCAAUUCCAUUUCCUCAAAAAUUGCGCAAGCACAAGUUGGAUAAACAAUUUGAGAAAUUUUUGGAGGUGUUCAAAAAGCUACAUAUCAAUAUCCCAUUUGCUGAAGCUCUAUCUCAAAUGCCCAGCUAUGCAAAAUUUAUGAAGGAGAUUAUAUCGAACAAGAGGAAGCUUGAGGAGCAUGAAACCGUGAUGCUAACAGAGGAGUGUAGUGCCAUUUUACAGAAUAAAUUACCACCAAAGUUGAAAGAUCCAGGAAGUUUCACCAUCCCUUGCACCAUUGGCAGCUUAUAUUUUGAACGGUCCUUAUGUGAUUUGGGUGCUAGCAUUAAUUUGAUGCCAUUCUCUAUCUUUCAAAAGCUUGGUUUAGGUGAAGCAAAACCUACAAGGGUGUCAUUGCAGCUAGCGGAUCGGUCCGUGAAACAUCCACGUGGAAUUGUCGAAGAUAUCUUGGUAAAAGUGGACAAGUUUAUAUUUCCAGCAGAUUUCAUUAUUUUGGAUAUGGCUGAAGAUAGGGAUAUUCCCCUUAUUUUGGGGCGACCUUUUCUAGCUACUGGACGAGCUCUUAUUGAUGUGCAAAAAGGACAACUCAUGUUAAGGCUGAAUGAUGAGCAAAUCACUUUUAAUGUGUUUGAAGCACUAAAAUUUCCUACUGCUUCAGAUUCUUGUUUUCGAAUUGAUAUUUUGGACAAAGAGAUAGAAAACACAUUCGCUUUGAAUCAACCAUCAGAUCCUUGGGAAGCAUGUGUGAUACACUCACAACUUGAAGAUACCGACUUGGCUAUGAUUGAAGAAUGUGUCAAAUAUUUGCAAGGAUCUGAACUUAUUCAAAAGGGAAAGCAUUACAAGGCAUUGGGCACGGGACCUCCACGACCUUUACCUUCCAUUCAACAAGCUCCAAAAUUGGAGCUAAAGUAG